AUGCUACAGUAUCUCAAGGAGUCCCUUUAUGACAUACAUAAUGAUUCGAGACGUGGUCCGACUUUGGGGCAUGUUGUGACACAGUUGGCGAACCACUUUGGGGUCGAGGUUGACGAGCCUAAAAUCCUCGCCGGUUGGUUUUCGCAGAAGGAACUAUGGAACGCCGACUUCCUUAUCGAUGACACUCAUGCGCGCCCCGUCCGAAAACGGAAAGCAUACGAAACUUAUUGUAAGAAAAUGGGUUUGCCUCUUCCCCCACCUGACGAGUCCGAACCAGCUCCCACGACCUCUCAUGCCGAAGACGGAGAAAAUGCGGAGGCCGACGAACAACCCGCUCAGAACACUAUUCAGCCUCUCCCGUUGGUGGACGAGCACACGGGUGGGCCUACACCGUCGAUGGACGAGCACACAGGUGAACCUGCUCAGUCAGCUGCUCCGCUUUGGUUUUCCGAGUAUGAAGCUUGGAAUGAUGCCCGUUGGACGGCUUUUACCAAGCAAACCGACGCACGUUGA